AUAUAUAAUGUUAGCUGUGCGGGGAGGUAGAAUGGGAAAGAGGUAUGGUGAUAAGCAGAGAAGCGGAGGGAGGGAGCUGUAUGCAGUGGUGAUGCAGGGAGGGGUAUCAGCAGAGCGACGUAUGUGAACAGAAUAAGCCAGAGAGAUAAGAGGGGACCAGAUACAGUGAGGCAGAGCGGCUGGACCACUGACUAGCUGAUCUCUGCAGACUGACGACAGGGAUAGACACCAAGAUAGGAAGGGGAUCUUAGAGAAGAGGGUGAGAAAUAGAGGUGCAUCAGCAAGAGGAAUUAUGAGGACCAGGAGAAACAGGAGAAGGUAAAAGAAGGUGGAGAUAGAGAGAGAUUUGAGGAUAGGGAGAAAAAAGAACGCUGGGAGGAGGGUGAUACUGACAGCAAUAAUUUGGUGAGAAGGAAUAGAGAUGCUAAUAUUCUAAGAGGAGAUACACUGUGCAAGUAAAAUGGCAAGGAUAUUGGGAGGUAAAAAGAGAAGGAGAGAUAGAAAUAACUGAAAAAAAACUGUAGCUUGAGGAGGAGACAGAAGGGAGAAAGGGAGGGAGAAGAGAUGCUGAAACCUGCAGACAGGCAGAGGUGAUGUAAAUACCUAGAGGGGGAGUGUAGGAGCAAAGAAAGGAGAGAAAGAAAGAGGAUAGGAGGACAGGCUCCUGCUGCAGAAUGAUGGGGAACUCACCGCACAAACAGAGAAGCAAGAAGCAUCACAGAAUGCAGCCAGCAACAGCUGCUGCACCUGUGGAUCAUUCCAAAUUAGCAAACUGGCAACAACAACCUGUGAAUGUCUUCUUAUCUUCUAAACGGCCGCCUUGUGUUGAGGAGCUUCAUCAGGAAGCUGAGCUCAACCUAAGUAUUCUUCAAGGUGAUUCCUUUUCUGAAGAAUUUGAAGAUCGAUACCUAGAUACUAAAGUUACCGGGCAGACAUUUCGUUAUUCCGCCCUCUCACAGUCUACGACAAUUCCUCCAGAAACUCCUACAAGACACACACCCAAACGGCUUGAGUUUGUCUACUUGCCGGCCAACAGAAGGGUGAGUGAAGAUGAGACAACCACAGUAGGAGUCAGGCCACGGGAGACAUGUCUGAGUUUACCAACUACACCCGACAAGCAAGUGGCCUGGAUUAAAGCAUUCCCUUUUCCUAUCCCAGAGGAGAGACGAUGGCACCAGUCUAACUCUAUCCAGACCAAUAUUGUGCCCAUUAAUGUAUCAGGUGAAGUGUUUGAUAAACAUGCAACUUCCCGCCACUCCUUAUUUAAUACUGAGACUGCAGUAAACCCCAAAACAACCUUGAGACGCAGAAGGACCAUUAUUGGUUUCUCCCAUCAACCACAACAGGACCAUGGAGAAAGCAAGGCAUGCUCAACAGAGUCAAACACAAAACAAGGAGCAUCAGCAGCAGUUCCAGCAAAAACAGGUAAUGCCAAUGGUGUGACGUGCAGUGAACAGCCCCCUGUCACAGAAGAGCAACCUUCAAAACCCGAGAGUUCUCAUGGAAGGCACCCAGGUGGUAGAGCAGCUACUCCACAUCCUCAACAACUGCCUUUAAGAAAGACCUUCAGUGACCUUGGCCAUAUUUUGCAAAACCCUAGCGACGGUGACAGUACAGGUGUGAUGUAUGCUAAUGCAUCAUGCAAUGGAGCAAAGGACUCUGGCAGUCUUACCCAGGGAUGCUCAUUCAACUAUAUGACCCCAUCUAGCCCAGUGAAAAGCCAGCCUAGUGAAACUAUGAAAUGUUCUACAUUAUCAAUGGCAUCUCCUGGAAUUUCUAAAGGCGGGGGCUCUUACAAACUUAGAAAAGAGAAUGUGACAAGGAGCAAUGGAAACACUGUAUGUACUACCCUCCCAAGCCCUUCUGUGAAUCAUGCAAAGGAUGUUGAAUCCAAGGGUAAUUUCCAUCCCGUCCAACCAGGUAUUAGUAAUUCUUCUACCAUGCCAAUAUUGUCUGGGGAAUGCACAUUUCGUGAAAGGUCACUUUCUAUGCCAACAGACUCAGGUUCAUUGUCCUCAGUGGAUAUAGCUUACACAGAGAACAGGAGAGGUAGUGGUGAUUAUGCCUUGAACUAUCCUAGUGGGAGCUCAGAGGAGAGUACCAGUACAGAGAAUGUAUCUGUAGUUGCUGAGCAAGAUAACCAGGAAAGAAGGAGGUCACGAAGUAUUUCCUUGAGGAAGCCAAAGAAAAAGCCAUCACCUCCAGCACGCAGUGUUUCUUUGAUCAAAGAUGGCAGCACCCAGAAAUUACAGCCCGCAUCCACUAUGCCUAAAGACCAGAGACCCAAAAGUCUUUGCAUUGCCUUUGACAGCCAGGGGCAUAGUUACAUUCAGUCAGCCAUUCAAGGUACGGCAACUAUGCCAACAGCAAAAAGCAUGUUUUUUUCACAAAGCUGGGAUCACAGUAACUACAAAUCUAAUGAUUUAUACAAGACGUUAUCUGCAUCUACCAUGGCAACAGGAAACACUGUGAUUGAGUACACAAAGACACAAGGAAGUUCAGAGUCAUUAACAUCCAAUUCGAGGGCUACAACUCCCUCCCAAGUCUCUACAGGGCCAGACUCAAAGAUCUCAUCACCUGGAAAACCUCUUGCUUUGAUGUCUCCUUCCAGUGGUUACUCUAGUCAGUCAGAGACUCCAACUGCAGUCCCAACAUCAUUGAUUCUUGGGCACUCUCCUUACCAAAGUAAUAGGGUGAGGCCAAUUGUUCCUGAAAGAAAGUCAUCUUUGCCAGCUGUUUCACCCAUCGACAGAAGUCCUAAGGUGCGGCAACCAUUCGACGUACCAUUAACACCACCUACACACCUUGACUUAACUUGUGUGAGAAAAUCUUCAAAGGGAAAAGUGAAAACCAGUAGAAAUCAUUCUGAGUCAACAUUUGGCACUAAGUUAAAUCAAAAGACUAGUCCUGUGCAGCCCAUAAUGCCAAUGGUGACACAAUCAGAUUUGAGAUCCAUCCGGCUUCGCUCAGUAAGCAAAUCAGAGCCAGAGGAUAACUUGGAUGGUAUAGAUCCUAUUGACGAACUUGUUGAUGAAGCUUUCCCUUUGCCAGAUAAAAAGGUAAAGCCUCCUGUUGCAGAGAAACCUCCAAUGUCCAGAAGACCCAUAAAUCUUGCUUACAGAUCCUCUGCUGUAACACCAGAAUCUCCUGUGAUGUCUCCGAAUUCCCCUGGAGAAUAUGUCAGAGACCAGUCAUCUCCUCAGGAUGCAUACAUGGUCAUUGGGACAAUCAGACACAAAAAGAGCUAUGAAGCAGAAACUCGUGUGGAGACACCACCUUCUAUAGAACCCUCACCUCCUUCUGAAGGCUAUUUGUAUGCAGUCCCCUUAGGGGAUAGGAGCUUUUCCCAGAGUAGUGCUGAAGAGGAAGAACUGAUAAAAGGAAAGCACAUACCAGAAAGAAUCACCAUACAAAGCCUAGCUUAUGCAGAUAAAAAAAAGGUAAAGGUUCCACCGCCUAUUCCUAAAAAACCCAGUGUGUUACACUUGCCAGUUCCUAGUCCACCUCCAACAAGUCAAGCAACAUGUACUAACUCUGAGCAGAGGUUGUCCCCAAGCCUUGUGAUCACUCUUGAUGCUGGAGCAAAAUCCUAUCCUGACAUUAUUGAAUUCAAGAAAUAUGAUGCAGGAGGAACUAUUUCUGCUGCACAACCAGAUCUUGUAUCUGUCGAGAGUUUGGCAGGCACUUUAGCAGAUACAUCAGAAAAUCGGUGUGUAUCAAGGAAAACAGCAGAGUCUAUUAUUGAAGAUGAUGAUGAAGUGUUUGUGAGUUCCCGUACUACUGAAGACUUAUUUACAGUCAUACACAGGUCCAAAAGAAAAUUAUUAGGAUGGAAAGACUCUGGAGACUCAUUUGGAAGUAGGCAAAGUUCAGUAUCACCUAUUAAAAAUUCAUCUGGCUCCACAAAUAGCGACUUUUCAACUGGCACCCUGAGUACCAUUGGGACAUCCAGCAAAAAUGAGGACUUUAAAGCUCUUCUCCAGAGAAAAGGCAGCAAGAGUAGCCUGGGAUCUCGUCCCUCAGCUGCUGAACUUCUGAAGACUACCAACCCUCUCGCAAGAAGAGUCAUGAAUGAGUUUGCUCCAGAAAUUGAGAAAAAUAGCAAUUCCAAAACUUUACCAUGAAGUACACAAGAGUGAAUCAAUUGAUGAAACAAAAUAACUGAAAAAUAAUUAUAUAAAAAAGGUGAUUUGUUGAACAUGCAUUUCAGUUAAUCUCCAGACUGAUCCUUUUUAACUUUGAAUUUUAACUGGUGGAUUUCAGUGUAUAAAGCAUCUAAAGGCUUCAUUAUUGGUUUCCUGAAUACAUAAUGAAGAGUGGGUUUCUUUUGAAACACAAUCACAGACUGUUUGAGACAGGCACAUGUGCUUCCUGCUUUAGUUAACAUUAUACCCAAACUAAAUAAUGAAUGGUCUUUGAAGUCAAAUUGUGCCAAACACAGACUGAAAUAUAGUAAGUGUAUUACAAAACAGGAUCUCGUUCAAAAUAUAUCUACUGGAAUGUACAGGAUCUUCUGCAUGUAACCCAAAAUAUGUUUCACAAUGGUAUUAAGCUUUGCAUUUUGAUUAUAUAUUUUGUGCUCCAUUAUUCAUUUUACUGCUUUAAAGAUGGGGGUGUUAAGGGAAAAUAUUGAGCUUAGAAUACAGCUCUGUCUGUGACUAGGCAAAUGGAGACUGAAUUUUGAAUAUACGACAUAUAGGACUGUCUUUCUAUUCCACUAAAUCCACUAUUGAAUUUUAAUUUGUUGACCAAUUUAAAGAUUAUAUAAGUGUCCUAAGGCAACCCUUGGGUGUCAGUGUGACUAACUCAGUAUUGCAUUAUAAAAACUGCUGCAGUCAUGUACACAUCAUUUGACUGUCUAUUUCUAUGAUUAUUUUUAAAACAUUUAAUAUCUCAGAAGGAUUCAAUAUUUCAUUUCACAUUCCACAAAACAUCAUCAUGAUUUGGUUGAACUUUUAACAGUUUGGAUUUAAUGCAUUCACCUAUUUAUCUACAUCGAUGGAGGUGCGAAACAUUGGCGCACAGCAUUUCUAGCACUUACCAAGCCUUGCGUGGAAACUGUUACCCAUAUGAUUAAAUUGUAUAUUUGUAGGUAAUACAAUCUUUUUUUGAGAAUCCUUGUUUAUUAAAGCCUGUCACAUGCCAAUGAACUAGAACUGAACGGAAGCCAUUACUAGAAGUUAUGUGUUAACAUGUUGAUAAUUGGUUAUCUGUAACUUGACAAUCAGGGGCUGGAGGAACAGCAGUAGUGGCUUUUUGAUAAAGAAACGUGUUCUGAGUAUUUUCCUGAGGAUCCCAGGCUUUUCACUAAACAAAAAUGUAUAAAAUGACCGCACACACCUUUGUGGUAUAUUCAAAGUGCAUCCUAGAUACUAUUGCUGCAACAUUAUAGCAGUGUUGUUGUGGUCAAUGAGCAAACAAAUCACUAGCAUUAUUACCUUAGGUACAUUACACUAACAGAUACUGAAACAUCACAAACUAAGAAGAGAUACUAAAAUCUGCUGAUGGUGGCACAGAAGAACAUAUUUUAACAGUGGACAAAGCGCUAGAAUUGAAUGCCUAUUGUCUAUUUUUGUUUUGCUUUACCUCCUACUCCAUUUUCACAUAUUGUGAGACUGCAUAGACAUAUACUGUAUAGGUAAUAGUGUAUAUAUGUUAAUUUUGUAUUACAUAUAUGUAUGUAUUCCACCAUGUAUAAGGUGCCAGUAUUCUAAGCCAUAUUUCUCAAGGCAAAAUUUAGAAAUUUCUGGACAAAGUGAGGUUUAGACCAUGUUUGUGAUGUUCUGGUCACCAUGGUAAUUGAUUUAUAGAAGUUGGACACAGAUUUGCACCAGUUUUGCCUUAGUAAAUAUGACCAUAGUGCUCAUUAAACAAAGUUUGCUCAUUUCAUGCGACAAGUAGCCUCCUCCUAUCAGUACACAUACCUGGGAACGUUUUAAAUGAGCCGACUCCGAGACUCUUUAAAUAUUAACCUUUUAAUAGCCUGCUAUGUACAUUCUAUGUAGCGACUCAUCAAAUGUGUUACUGAAAUGGCUCUAAUACCGGUCCUCAUUGAAACCUUGGCUUGUUAUUAACUAAAGAUAGACAUAAUUAAUAUGCAUCAAAGCAGGGAUAUCACCCAUAACAUACUGAAAGCUAAAGCACCAAAUCAGCUCCAGACAGUAUGACCCUGAGAAUCUGUCCCUUCAAAACCCAGAGACUUCGGGUCAGCCACGCCACUGUAAAAAUGACCCUGCACUCGUUCCUGAUAAAUACCAGCCAUUCUACAUUCUAGUAAUCCACAUCUUUGUACAUUAAUGUAUUUUAUAAAUAGAAAAUAUAAAUAUAUAUAUAUAUAUAUUCCUCGAUGUUGUACUUUGUAAUUAUUGGACAUGCUGAUUUCUGUUUACAGUGUAACCAUCGGAGUCUUGAGCUAUGAUGAUGAUUUAAAUUCGCUAAUUUUCAUUGUUUUCGAUACAAAAGAUGUUGGGCUUUCUUUUGAUGGAUCAUGGCCAAAUCUUUUGUUAGAGAGGAUCUAUUGCAUAUUUUCAAUUGUCUCUUUCCAGUUAUUAACUGAAUUUGUGUACAGUUUGCAAUGUAUUGAUCCGUAUUGCUUUUUAUUUUGCAUAAAAGUAAUAAAAAUGUAUCAGUUUACUAAA